CAUCUGUUAGAGGAAGAGUUAGAUGCUUCUAUCAGUUUUACAGCUAAUAUUUAUUCUGCGAUUUGCUGCACGUCAUUAUCAUUCAGGACUAGUAAGACUGAACAGUAAACAGUUUAUCCUUGUCUUUUGUUGCUGUUUUAUAAAUUAACUUCACUGGGGGGAUUUCAGAAGAUGGAAAAAGGAUCCCAACCACAAGAUGUGGCUCCACCCUACCCCGGCCCUCCCAUACAUUACGGCAGUGCUGGGCCUCAGCCAGAGAUGUACGCUCAACCAGGCUUUUCCGCUCAACCAAGCUUUCCCACUCAACCAGCCUUCUCCACUCAACCUGGCUAUCCCACUCAACCAAGCUUUCCCACUCAACCAGCCUUCUCCACUAAACCUGGCUAUAUCACUCAGACAGGCUACUCCGCUGUCCCUGUCGAAUACCAGGGAGGUGUUGCUUUUGCUCCGGCACCAACAGUGACUCAUGUGGUAGUAACACCUGCACUAACAGACGUCCCUGGACAGACUUUGUGUCCUCACUGCCGGCAAACUGUGAUCACUCAGACUCAGCACACACCAGGAUUGUUGGCCUGGGUUAUCUGCGGAGGGAUGACCCUCUUGGGAUUCUGGCUUUGCUGCUGUAUCCCAUUUUGCCUCGAUUCCUGUAAUGAUGUGGAGCAUCGCUGUCCAAACUGCAAACGUGUUGUUUACAUAUACAAACGAAUGUAAAACCAGUCCCAAAUACAAACUUUUGUAUUGUUUAUCACUCAUGUCUGCUCUAAGUGUCUUUCCCUCCUUACAUGUCACAGAAAGGGAGAUGGGGAGAGGAAUGAGUUAUGCUUUUAUCAGCAACAUCUAGGGACUGGUACCGA